AUGACUCCAGAAAAAGAGUGCCUUGAGUGCAACUUCGCAAGCUUAACCAUCCCGGAUACUCGACUUGACUUUUCAAUGUUCCCCGUAGAGAUACAACUCAAGAUAUUCAAGCUGCUCGAUUACGAUAGCAUUAUGACGUUUAUCAUUUCUGGAGCUAAGUUUUCACCAGGGACGAUCAAACACUACUAUGCGUGCAAUAGAGACAUGGUCCACAAUGAUCUGCUGGCUGAAAGUACAAACAUUGAUGAUGCAGAUCCGAUUCCAAUGAAAGCGAUGCUGAGCCUAGUCUUUAUUCGUGAUGCCCAAAUGUGUAACAUUGGACUCAUGAGUGUUGUGACAAAACAGUGCUUCACCAUCAUGAAACUCAACGGUGACAACGACUUCACACAGUACUAUGAACAAAACUGGGAUUACAGCUCAGGAUUCACCAGCCAUAUACCCUUCACAAAAUGGAAUCCUCUCUUGAUGUUUGUUCUGGACGUACUAGGUCAUCAAUCAAUUCUUGAACUAAACAACUAUUCAUUUCUGGAUCUGAGAGACGUCACCAUUCGUUCGAGGAUUAUUACCCUCUCCAAUAUACCAAAAAUUCAAUUUGUUGCUUGCACGUUACUCAAACCCACCUACUUCCAAGGACAUGGAGUUAAUUCCCUCUCAAUGGACCACUGUGCACAGGAAUUUUAUGACUUUAUUGACUUUUCGCAGUUGGAGUCAAGGAAAAUGACCAUCAGUGAUAAGGUUGAUUUGUUGAAGGGGAAACAGUUCAAAACAAGAUGCUUGAUUGUGGAUGAGAAUGGCCACGUGAGGCGAAUGAUGGACUGUCAUUUUAUGAACUUAGUCAUUCUGUGGUACGUUACACCAAGCAAAGGAUUAACAUCCUUGACGAAUAUUCGAUUACCUCAACUCGAAGAGUUUGGAUUGAACAUCCUAGGCCAGAUCCCUCGUUUUAGAAAUUUCAAAGCACCAAAGCUGACAAGAAUGAGAAUUGAAACGUCUGCAAACACACCAAGAGAGGUCUGUAUGGGUAAUCAGAACGAUUAUCUUUUCAUGAAAACAGUUGAGCUCAUGUCCAUAAGCAAUGUAAUGGAACCAUUGAUUCAAGCACCAUUGACUGCACUUGUUGAAGUUGAGGUAGUGGUUGGCACAAACUUCCCACAGGGCACCAUCAUCACGUUACCAAAACUGAAGAGGUUACGACUUCAAGCACAGGAUGAUAUGACCAUGCUGCCAAUGUUUGCAGCCGAUGCAUUGACACAGUUCGAGCUGGAGCACAAAGAGGGAAGACCUUUAAAUGAUGAGGAAAUGAUCAACUUGGUUAUUUCAUUUCCAAGGCUCAAAUACCUCACGAUAAAAGAAUUCAACAUUCGACAGUACAUAGACGUAAGAGAGAUCUUGAGGAAAGUCCGACAUCGAUUGGUUUCACUCUCUUUGAUGAACAUACACAUCGGCUUUUAUGAGAUGAAGUACCCUAUAAGAUUUGAAAGGUUGGAAACGUUGAACAUUCAAAAUAUUGCAGAGAUUCCACGACGUGUGCUUCCACUACAAAUUGAAGCUCCAAACUUGAAAGAGAUGGAAUUGCACCUUCAUUUACACGAAGUAACAGUCCCUCAAUAUCCAAGGCUCAUGAUGUCCUUAAUCCGUUGUAAAAAGAUGUACGGAGUCCUCCCAAGAAUUGGGAGUCACAUCUUGUAUAAGUGUCCAUUCUGCUGGCUCAGUUAG